AUGACAACUAAUCUUGUUAAACUUCAAACUAUCGAACAACUUUCACCAUUGGUUCUUCGCGUGCUUGGUUGUAAUCCGAGUCCGAUGACACUACAAGGUACAAAUACAUAUCUUAUUGGUAAAGGUCGAAAUCGAAUCUUACUUGAUGCUGGUCAAGGUGUUCCAGCUUAUGUUGAUGAACUUAAAAAUACAAUGGCAAAAAAUAAUCUUGGAUUGCAAGCAAUUCUUAUUACACAUUGGCAUCCUGAUCAUAUUUAUGGUAUUAAAGAUAUUCUGAAAUUGAUUAAUAAACCUGAUUUGCCUGUUUAUAAACGUAAACUUGUUGAAAUGCCAAAUUCAACAACGCUUCAAAAAUAUUGUAUGCCAGAAAAUCCAGAUGAAGUCGCUAAUUUUACAUUUAUUAAUAAUGGUACAGACGAAUUUACAAUCGAAACUGAAGGAGCACAUUUAAAAGCUAUUCAUACUCCUGGUCACACAACUGAUCAUCUGUGUUAUUGGCUUGAAGAAGAACGGGCUCUAUUUUCUGGUGAUACCAUACUUGGUCAAGGUACAACUGAAUUUGAAGAUUUAUAUGAUUAUUUAAAUUCUCUUAAACUUAUUCUUAAUCUUUCACCAACAAAAAUUUAUCCUGGACAUGGUCCAGUCGUUGAAAAUCCUAGAGAAACUCUUGCACAUUACAUAUCUCAUCGUCAACAACGUAGUAAUCAAAUUCUUGAUGCAUUAAAACAAUCUAGUGAUGGACUUGAUCCAAGUGAAAUAACAAAAAUUGUUUAUACAGUAAUGUAUAGAAUUUCACAGGAGUUUGUUUUAGGAGAUUUAAAAAAAUAA